AUGACAUCCAAGACAAUUCCCGCCAUGAAUCCUUGGGAGGUCAAUGCUCUUAACUAUGAGUUUCCUCAAGAAGGCUCCUUAAACGUCGAUGGCACAAUGAACUCUGCGGGCACUUGGCGUCGAGUUCAAGACCCUGUCAUCUACCCAGGCCUCUAUGCUCCCAGUGGUAUUGACAUCAUGUCCAUCUUGUUCCGAAUAAUGGGACGACCAAACCCCCAAGUUGUUCUGGGCCCUGUUGACUGCUCUGUCGCCCUUGUUGUUUGCGAUAUGGCCAGAGCUGAUGCUCCCGUCAUCUAUGUCUCGGACUCUUUCACUGAUCUUACCGGAUACUCUUCUCGUGAAGCUGUAGGCCGAAACUGCCGCUUCCUACAAGCACCACCUGGACAAGAGCGUCGCUCCGAUAGGAAGGGCGCAGACAAGGUCGCCUCGCAUCGCAUGCGUCAGGCCCUCAUGGCUGGAAUGGAGAUUCAGACUUCUGUCACCAACUACAAAAAAUACGGACAGCCAUUCAACAAUCUCCUGACCAUCAUUCCAGUCCCUGACGACAACAGUGGCACCUGUCACUGCAUUGGCUUUCUAUGCGAGAUGGAUUAA